AUGAAGGAUUCUCUAGAGGACCAGUUUCAGGGAGUCGUCUGGGUUCAACACCUCUUUGGCCUGGAGCCUGAGUGGACAAUUGAACCCGAUCUUGAAAAAAUCGAGCACACAAUACUGUCGCUACGCCCAGAAAGCACAGUGAGUGUGUCCUUUCUCGCUCAAGGUGGCUUGAACAGAAUUUACGUCGCGAAAGUCGAUGAUCAGGAUUUCGUUAUGCGGGUGGCGUUACCAGUUGAUCCGUACUACAAGACUAUGAGCGAAGUUUCGACCAUGGCCUGGAUUUCUCACAUCACAGAUAUCCCGAUUCCUCGGGUUCUUGCUUACCAAACUUCUCGGGCGAAUUUAAUUGGAUUUGAAUGGAUCCUCAUGACUAAAGCGUCGGGGACGCCUUUAGCAGAUGCAUGGCACUCUUUGUCAUUUCCUGCGAAAAGGACCCUAGUCAAACAAUUCGUAGUUUACUCCGCUAGGCUUUUUCAGAACAAACUCCAGCGGAUUGGGAAUAUCUAUGAAAAGCAAUAUACUGCCGAUGGCUCCCCGCUAGAUGAAGGUAUGUGGCCUGCUGAGGGCUCGGUGUAUUCCAACGCAUCAGCCCUGAAUGAAUCGAAAAUCCCGGGCCCUCCCGACGUGGGCAGAAUCGUUUCAAUGGACUUUUUCUGGGGGCCGAGUAUUCAAGAAGAUGUUCACCGGGGGCCAUUCAAUUCUAGCAAAGACUGGAUGCUGUCCCGUCUGUUACUAGAAGAAAAAAGCCAUCAAUCAAAGCUCUCUAGUUUACCAUCAAGUGAUCUUGAUCCUAAGCAGGAAGCUAGGAAGGAAGAUGCCACAAGAACAUUGGACAUCAUUGGAAAGCUGAAAAAUCUGCUAUCAUUGGUUUUUCAGCCCAUUGAGGACAACCCUGAAGACAGCCCUGAACCUUCGAUCAUCGUCCAUGAUGACCUUUCCAGCCGAAACAUUCUCGUCCAAGACAACGGAGAGCUGGCUGCUGUCUUAGAUUGGGAAUGUGUCGCAACACUUCCUUUGUGGGCUGCCUGCAAUUAUCCCGCAUUUUUGGAAGGGCCAAAUAGACGCACAGAGCCCGAUCGAACAACAUACGGCCAUGAAGAAGAUGGAGAACCCUGCGAUCUCUACCUGGAGCAUUUGGAGAAUUAUGAGCUUACUCUUCUUCGUGGCGUUUUCAUGGAUACGAUGAGAGCCCUGGAACCUGGAUGGGUGGAUGUAUUUGAGGAAUCCCAGCGCGAAAGAGAUUUUGAUUAUGCAGUACGGAGUUGCGAUAAUGUUUUCGAGGCGCGGGCCAUACGAGAGUGGAUUGAGAAUGUCACCUCUGGAGACAACCCUGAGGGUCUGUGUGAAAGGAUUGAUAAGGCUCAGGAACAAGUAUGA